GCAAACAUAGUAAUUAUAAGCACAAGAUAGUCGUUUCGCUUACAUCUCAUGAACUUAAUCGAAGAUGCAUUUGAACGUAAAAUUAUUUGUAAUUUUUCUUCAUUUGGCAAUAUGUUUGGGGAAGAAAAGUUUCACAAUCUUGCUCGACACGACACUGUCCAUGCAAGAAGAAAUCGACAUUAUAAAAAGGAAUAUUGGAACAGUUGUGAAUGUUUUAAAAUCUACUGAUGUGGAGAACUAUGUGUUAGUGCCUUUUAACGAUCCAGAAGUCGGACCACCUAUUAUUUCUUCGAAUGCUGAAGAAUUAGUCGCAUCCUUGAACAGGCUGACAGUGAGUGGAGGACAUGAUUGUCCAGAAGACUCAUUGGCUGGUAUACAGAAAGCACUUGAAGUCAGCAAUGCGGGUUCUACCGUAUUUGUAUUCACUGACGCCUACGCUAAAGACAAUAGCAAACUCGAGGAUAUAAGGAACUUGUGCAGAAAUACGUCUAGUCAGGUGAUUAUAUUCCUGAGUGGUAGAUGCGUGCCAGAAACUCAGGGUGGAAGCCUCGAAGUUUACUUCCAAAUCGCAAGGGCCUGCUCUGGUGGAGUCUAUCGACUUGAACCUGCAGAAUUGAGACGGGCCUUUUACUUCAUGAAAGAAAUUAUGCUAACGGAAUGGACGGAGAUAACCACGAUGGAAACUUUUACAAAUUAUAAGGAACUUAUGAUUCCAAUCGACUCCUCUACCACAGGUUUCAUACUAGCUAUAUACGGAGACAACCCUCAGCUACGCAUCUACAACAGAAGUGGGCAUAGCCCUGAAGUUGAGAAAAUUAUCGAUACUCGACAUUCACUUGUAGUUCGUUUGACGAACCUCCAAACCGAAGAGUACAGGGCUCUCAUAAGGUGCCGAACGCUUACAGCAGUGACAAUCUACAGGCGUAACGAGUUCCCCUUCCAGUGUGGUUUCUCGACGAGGAUGACCAAGAACUUAAAGGAAACCAGCUCGAAACCAAUGCCAGGUUGGACGAAUUACAUGCUAAUUGUACUACCAGAAAGCUCUACGGUGAAACUGAAAUCAGUGGAGCUCACAAAAAUCAACACAAAUGAUAAAACACAACUCAUCCUGGACCAAAAUGAAGAUGGGAAACAAUUGUAUACUACAAGCGCGUUUUUUGAACCAGAAACUUUAUUCAGAAUUUCUGUCACAGGAGAAGAUCCCACUAAAAGCCAAGACAUAAGAGGAUCUACUAAAAUAUUAGAAACGCAAAAAUCUGCCAAAGACACUCGUUGGAUUUCACCAACAGUUGAAAUAAUGCCUCCAGAUAAUACAGUGGUGGAAUUCAACCAAAGUAUAACGAUUGUAUGCAAAGUUAUUGGCUACCCCAAACCAGCCAUAACCUGGGAAGAUGACAACAACACCGCGCUCUCUGCUGAAGACGUUUUGCUAGAAAUACCAUCAAUACAUCUAAGUUACCUCACUAUUGACAAUUUCAGUAAAAAUAUGACCAUUUACUGCAAAGCUAAGAAUGCGGAAGCUGAAGAUCAGAAAAGUUUGGAAUUAUUUGUAAAUAAGCCCUUUAGUUUUGAUGUUAAACAAACGCCUGCAGAUGAAACUAUAGAAUACGCAAGUGAAGGAAAAUUGUAUUGUGAAGCAGACGUAUAUCCUGAUGCCACAACUACUUGGUACCACAAUGAUACUGUUGUAUAUGGAGAUAAGUUUGACAAUAUCGAAAUCAGGCAAGAAGAUCAUGUGCUUAUAAUCAAAUAUAUGUCAUUAGCCGACACUGGAGAAUACAAAUGUGAGAUCAAAAAUGAAUAUGAGACUAGAAACUUCACUGCGCUUGUUUCUAUAUCUGGAUUAAAAGCACCACAGAUCGAAAUAGAGAAAUCUGAAAUUAUACUAAAGCCAGGCGAUUGGACUGAAAUUGAAUGCAAAACAGAAGGGAAGCCAACACCGGAGAUAGCAUGGAAAUUUCAAAGUGAGAAUGCUGAUCUAUUCAAUACCAUAACUGAAGGGGCAUAUCUCGAAGGCAAAAAACUCAAAAUACCCUCAGUGAAAUCCGAACACACAGGAACAUACAGAUGCGAAGCAUCCAACAUAGUGGGUCAGGAUUAUCGAGAUAUUGUUAUAAAAAUACAGUAUGAACCGGUUGUAAAAGUAAAAGAAGAAACAUUAGUAGUAAGAGAAGGAGAUAUGGUGGAGAUAGAGUGUGAAGUAGACGCGAUGCCAGAAGCAAGAGUUCGCUGGGAGAUGUCUCAAGAUGACGUCAUCAUGAUGUUUGACGGCAGGCAUACUACGGAUGAUCACCACACACACCGAUUUGAAGCACUGUGGAAGGAUUCAGGCAACUAUCAUUGUAUUGCUGAGAAUGACCUGGGCAGAGUAGAGAAAAGUGUUACAGUUAAUGUUUUAGUGGCUCCAUACAUUAAAACUCCAGAAAAGAAAACUGUGACAGCGAAAUUGGGUUCUACAGUAACACUAACUUGCAACGUCCUAUUCGGAAACCCAGUUCCGUCUACGAAAUGGGAAUUCAAACCGCCGAAUACUACAACUAGUGUUUUAUCCAGAGGCAAUUCCACCAGUGCUCUACAUUUAACAAACAUAACGAAACAAAACGAAGGUUCAUACAUUUGCAUCGCCGACAACGACGUAGGUUCGGACACCGUCAGAAUAUACCUUAAUGUGGAAUAAAAAGUUUUU